CUCGUAAUACAUCAUUUUCAGAAUUAAAGGUGGCAAAACUAUAACAGAUUACGAAAAAAUUUCGCUGCUAAUUGGUUGCAUGGAAUUUGGGAUAAUAUUUUGUGACGAAAUGCUCACCAAAAUGGGCGGCCCAAGCUUGCUCGUUGGGCUAGUUCCUGGCCUGGAAUGUGGUUGAAAGAGAAACUGAUUAGGCCCAAGAUUUUAUUUAUUUUUGGCGGUUAGGUCGAUCCCAUUUUUCGGUUAACCCCACGGAAGCCGAAAAUCUCUGAAAACCCUUUCCUCUUCUUCUUCCUCAAUCAACUGCCGUCUGCAGCUCUUCUCCGUCGCGUUCUGGAAGCGCCACCGUCACAAGGUAUCACGGAGCAGCAAGCGGUUAAGCAAUAAUGGCCGAGGAGCAUGAGGAAGUGAAGACGUUCAAAGAUUUGGGGAUAUGCGAGGAAUUGGCGAACGCCUGCGACACACUGGGAUGGAAAAACCCUACAAAGAUACAGGUGGAAUCAAUCCCACAUGCACUCGAAGGGAAAGACUUGAUUGCCUUGGCUCAAACGGGUUCCGGGAAAACGGGUGCUUUCGCUCUUCCCAUCAUCCAGUCGCUCCUGACCGAGGCCGCGAAGAAGAGGUCCGUUGGGGCGUUCUUCGCCUGCGUGCUGUCGCCCACGAGGGAGUUAGCUAUUCAAAUUUCUGAGCAGUUCGAAGCCUUGGGGUCUGCCAUUGGUCUCAAAUGUGCUGUGCUUGUUGGAGGAGUAGAUAUGGUGCAACAAGCUGUUUCUCUUGGAAAGCGGCCUCACAUUGUUGUUGGUACACCUGGGCGCCUUAUGGAUCAUUUGACGAACACAAAAGGGUUCUCUCUCCGGACAUUAAAGUAUUUGGUCUUAGAUGAAGCUGACAGGUUGCUAAAUGAGGACUUUGAGAAGUCACUUGAUGAGAUUCUUAGUUCUAUCCCGCAAGACCGGAAAACAUAUUUGUUUUCUGCUACAAUGACUAAAAAGGUAAAGAAACUUCAGAGGGCUUGCUUGAAGAAUCCUGUGAAGAUAGAAGCAGCAUCCAAAUACUCUACCGUGGAUACACUGAAGCAGCAAUACUGCUUCAUUCCAGCCAAGCAUAAGGACUGCUAUCUUGUCUACAUAUUGACUGAAAUGUCUGGAAGUACUUCCAUGGUAUUCACUCGAACAUGUGAUGCAACAACGUUGUUGGCUUUGGUUCUUAGAAAUUUGGGUAUGAGGGCCAUCCCGAUCAAUGGCCACAUGACACAGUCCAAGAGACUUGGAGCCUUGAACAAGUUCAAAGCUGGAGAGUGCAAUGUUCUUAUAUGCACUGAUGUGGCAAGUAGAGGACUCGACAUACCUUCCGUGGAUAUGGUUAUUAAUUAUGACAUCCCUACAAACUCAAAGGACUAUAUUCAUCGGGUGGGGAGAACUGCUCGUGCAGGGCGGUCUGGGGUUGCAAUCUCCCUAGUGAAUCAGUAUGAACUGGAGUGGUAUAUACAAAUAGAGAAGCUUAUCGGUAGAAAGUUGGAUGAGUUUCCUGCUGAGAACGAUGAGGUACUGUUGUUGCUGGAAAGAGUCACGGAAGCCAAAAGAAUUUCCCAGAUGAAAUUGAAAGAAAGUGGUGGCAACAGGAAGAGGCGGGGUGGAGGCGGAGGAGAUGAGCAAGAUGAGGAGGUUGAGAGAUAUCUAGGCGGCAAAGAUAACCAUCCCAGAAAAUUUAAGAAGAACAAACGAGGAUGAAAGGCUUCUGGAAUGCAAUGCAAGUUCAAAUUAUGUUCAUUUUGAGAGAAAAUUUUGAUAUUUCGAAGGGGUACAUCGUUAACUUGUACCUCGUUAGAGGCUUGUAACAAUAUAACUAUGAAUUCGCUGUGUCUAUGACUAUGGAUGCUUAUUGCUUGGUAUCAAGUGCAUGUAUUGUUCAGAAGACGGCCCCCAAUAUAUAUACUUUUAUUGCAUAAUUUCAUUCCUUCGGUGAUUAUUUACUCAAGGAUAAGAGGGCAUUUUUGGCUAAAUCACACUUUUCUUUAAUUAGUAAUCAUUAACUUUAAAUUUUUGUUUCAUCGUUGAUUACUGUCUUUUAAAUUUCAUCGAAUUAGUUAGUCCCAGCCUCCCAGGUGACAAUCCAAUUCUGUUGAAUUAAUCGCUGUUAUCGAA